GAGGCACUCCCGGGGCUGACGGGCAGCGGGCGGCCCGCGGGUCCGGCUCCAGGUCCCGGGCUCUCCUCCCGCGCGGGGCCUGGCGCGGAGCGGGCCGCGGGGGCUGCUCUGGCCGGCUCCGAUCCAAAGCGCUUUGGGCUGGGAUUUCUGUCCUCGCCGCCUCUGGUUCUGCUCCAGCGCCCGUCCCGGUCCCGAGGCGGCGGCCUGCAUAGUACCCGCUGCCCCUUCAGGCGUGCGAUGUGUAAAAUGAAAUAAAACACAAACUGUGCUCGCUGUGAGGAGGAGAUGUCCGGUGUGCAGGAGGAGGUGGCUUCCUGUGUGCAGAGUCCCUCGCGUUCUUUCAGGGCAGGGAUGGGAUGGGAUGGGAUGGGGCACUGCCGGGGUUCAGCCCCUCCUCGCCUUCAGCAGAGGGGCCGAGACGGAAGGGGAAGGGACAAAAUGCACAAACUCGGCGGCUGCCAUGGAGAGGGUUCAACAGGUCAGAAGCUGUGCAGACAAGCAGGGCAGAAGAAGGAAAGCCUUCCCGUGGGCUCAACCCUCUCCGAUAAUGGUCACCAUUAUUGGGAGCACCAGUGCCACCCCUCCCGUCCUCCUCUGCCCCCUUUCUGUCUGGAGCAUGGUGUCCUUUGCUCUGGGGUCUCCCUUCAGUCCUUGGAUUGCUGGCCCAGCUGUGUCUCCUCCCUGCUGUGCUCAGCAGAAAUCCAAAGCAGCCCCAGAUCAGCCCCUGGGGAGAAAAUGAACUCCAGGCCAGACAGGGCACAAUGUGGUGAUACAUGUGUUUUCUGUAGGCACACCGGGGUUUGCUGCAAAACACACAUCUGUGUGUCUGCUCUAAGUUAGUGAUGUGCACUUUCAGAUUUAAGGUGGCGGAAUUAUGGCCCUGUUGAAGCCUAAAUGAUCAGGAGGAAGUUAUUCUCAGCAUAUCCUUAUGCAGGCAAAAUAUUGUUAGCCUCUGGCAAGGUAAAUUCAACAAAAGGACAUAUUAAAAUCUGAUAGUGAAAAGAAUCUGCUUACUGCUUGAACAUGAUUGAUUUGUAGAUAAUCUUCAGAGUUCUGAAAACAUUUUGCUGACAUGGGAUAUCUAUAAAGCUCCCCAGCUUGGAAUGUGUACAGCUUUGCCUACAGCAUUUCCCCUACGUUAUUUAAACAAAUACACUAUUUCAAAUAUUUGUUUGAAAGUAAUUCCCAACAUUUACUGCUCUUCUAGGCUGAUCAACUCCAAAAUGUUACCUCAAAAUCUGUGCCAACUUUGCAAAUGUUUAUUUCUGAGUAACUUGAAACUGAACUCAGUAAAUGUGGCUGGUUUGGCCAGAAGGAUCCAUUCUUCAUCAGAAAAGCUUUCUGACUCUGAGUCAGAGGAACAAACUGUCCUGAAAUGUGAAAGUGAAGAGCUGCCUCAAAAUACAGAGAACAGUAAUUCUGGAAGAUUGCACGUACCAGUGAUGCUGGAGGAGGUUGUUAAUUGUUUAUCCCCUCAGCCAGGUCAGCGUUUCCUGGAUAUGACCUUUGGAGCUGGAGGUCACACAGCAGCUCUCCUGGAUAGAGCCAGAGACAUCAUAGUGUACGCCCUGGACAGGGACCCCACAGCCCACAGCAUAGCUCAGCAGCUGGCAGCAGCCUACCCGAACCAGCUUCAGCCUCUCCUGGGAAGGUUCAGCCAGUCAGAGGCUUUGUUAAUCUCGUCUGGGGUUGAGCCAGGCACUCUGGAUGGAGUUCUCCUGGAUGCUGGCUGUUCUUCCAUGCAGUUAGACACACCUGAAAGAGGCUUUUCCCUGCAGAAGGAUGGGCCCUUGGACAUGAGGAUGGAUCAUGACAGAUGCCCUGCCAUGGCCACGGCUGCUGAUGUGGUGAAUGCCCUGGACCGGCGGGCGCUGGCAGCGGUGCUCAGCGCGUACGGCGAGGAGAGGCAUGCCAGGAGGAUCGCCUCUGCCAUCGUGCAGGCACGCAGCAUCUACCCCAUCACCAGCACCAGGCAGCUGGCAAGCAUUGUGGCAGGUGCUUUCCCAGCAUCAGCUCUCUACGCACGGAAGGACUUGCUUCAGAGACCCGUGCAUGUUGCUACUAAAACUUUCCAAGGCCUGAGGAUAUUUGUGAAUGAUGAGCUCCAUGAACUCCUGAUAGGGCUGAAGACAGCUGAGAAGUUCCUGAGGCCUGGAGGUCGCCUUGUGGCCCUGUCCUUUCAUUCCCUGGAAGAUCGAAUCAUCAAACGUUUCCUUCAUGGCAUUGACAUGACAGAGAAACACAACCUCGGCUCAAAGCAGAAGAUCAGAAAAGCUCUGAAAAAUGCCUCCAGAGGAGAAGAUACUCAAGGAUCUCCCUGUGGAAAAUCCAACUCCAAGUGGAUUUCUAUACAGAAAAAAGUUCUCACACCCCAGGCCAAGGAUAUUCAAACAAACCCAAGAGGAAGGUCGGCCAAGCUAAGAGCUGCUAUUAAACUCUAAACCAAAAUAUAUGAUUACAUGAUUGUAUCAUUUCCAGAAAUUCUGUUUUCCAGAAUGCUAACUGGACAGAUAUGGUCAAACUGAAAAAAUAAAAUGAAGGCUGUGAGAAAACA